UAUUACGCAGGGGAGAUGGUGCAAUUGUUGAAGAAACACAAAGUGCUAAAAUUCACGCAUACUGAUUCUCGGUUGGUGAACAAUGGUUUAGCCAAUCCAAUCCAAAAAACACGUUGCAGAGCGAUGUAUGAAGGGCUAAAGUUCACAACUCCAAUUGAAGAGCUUGGAAUGAAGUUGGUAAACAGACUUAGAAACAAUAGUACUCCUUACAUUGCUCUUCACCUAAGAUAUGAAAAGGACAUGCUUGCUUUUACAGGUUGUAGCCACAACUUGACAAGAGAAGAAGCUAUGGAACUUAAGAAGAUGAGAUAUCAAGUGAGACAUUGGAAGGUGAAGGAGAUUGAUAGCAAAUCAAGGCGCUUACGGGGUAGUUGCCCCAUGACUCCAAGAGAGGUUGCUGUGUUCCUUGAAGCACUUGGUUACCCUUUUGACACAAAAAUUUAUAUAGCUGCAGGUGUCAUUUAUGGAAAAGAGGAAACGAAACCCAUCCAAAGGAAAUAUCGCCACUUGCUCUCACACUCCACUUUGGCCACAGAAGAAGAGCUUCGACCUUUUAAGGGUCAUCAUAAUCAACUUGCUGCUCUUGAUUACAUCAUAGCAGUAGAAAGUGAUGUUUUUGUUUAUAGUUAUGAUGGACACAUGGCCAAAGCAGUUCGUGGUCAUCGAGCAUUUCAAGGAUUUCGGAAAACUAUUAGUCCGGACAAACAAAGAUUUGUAAGAUUGAUUGAUCAACUGGACAAUGGUUUGAUUUCUUGGGAUGAAUUUUCAUCGAGGGUGAAAAGUAUACAUGCGAAUAAAAUUGGAGGCCCACAUCGUAGAAAAGUUCAUCGACACCCCAAAUGGGAAGAAAGCUUUUUUGCAAACCCUUAUCCGGGUUGCAUCUGUGAGCACGCAUGAGACAAUGGCAAUGUAAAUAUUCAAAACAAUCUAGUUAUUGGAGUAAUCAAAGCCAAAUGUUCAACUAUUGUAAAUUGUGUAUUAACUUAGGUGGAAUAGACUAAUGAAUA